AUGAUUGUAAAAAAAAAUAAGAAAACCUUAACACAUUAUACAUGGCUAGCCUUGUUAAUAAUACCGAGCUUUUAUUUCAAGAAUUUACUUUUUGAUAAUUUUUUUAGUCUAAAAUUUGACAAAUUCAAAAAGAAGAUAUAUGGCAAACAUGCAGUUAAUCAUAUUUCAUUGCCAAGCAAGGAUAAUAAUUGUAUAAAUAAUUAUCUUUUACCAGACAAUAUUCGUUAG